AUGCGUAAAACACUGUUCACUUUCAGGGGAAGGGAUCCAAGUAAAACCUGCACACCGAGGUGGCCCAGGACGAGCAGCCAGAAAGCCGAAGCCUGGGCCAGGACUUUAGGCGCUGAAGGAGCAAGGGCUGUCCAAAGCCACACUCCUUCGGGACCUCGGGAGGCCGCGGCCCCGGGCCUUUACUUCCACAGCAGGCCGUGCGAGGAGGUUCGUGGGCAGCCGGGGGCUCCAGACCGCCCAGAACGGAGAGCCUCCCGGAGAGGGCCGCCGGCUGGCCCACGCCCGUCGCCUCCGCUAGUCACAAAGGAUUCAUCCCCAAGCCCACCAAGAGAUAGAUGCUCACCUGCCCGGCAAACUCUCAGACGCCAGCGACACGUAGCACAAAAGCUGACUGACCAAGGACGGCCGGAACCGGAAACCGAGUCUCUGGCCUAUGGCCCGCCCACUCCCCCGUUCAUUGGUCCUUUACGCAGAAACAUCAGUGCGCAGGCGCAGCUCGCCGGGCAAUUUGGACACGCAUCCCGGAAGUGGUGCGCUGCGGGGGUAGCUGACGUGAGCGGUUUGGGAGUUUGGCUUUCUUUUCGGCAGUUUGAGUGUGGCGUCUGCCGGGUUAUUCCCUGGCUAACUCCCUUGUUCCCCCAGCAGGCCGAUCUCACCCUAUUCGCGUUCACAGCAAGAGGCCCCUUCGGCCUUGCGCGGUACCUGUUCUAUUACACACGAACUGGGAUCUUACCUAGAAGGAAAGUGCCGCCCAUCACCCGAACAAAUGUAUAUAACAGACCACUGAGCAUUAUGGACCACCACAUUGAACCAUUCAGUUUUUGAUAUCUACCACUUCAUGGAAUUAGGCAAAAAAGAACAAUCAGUGAAGAAAUUGAAGAUCUGACAUUAUCAACCACCAUGACCUAACUAUGAAUGGAGCAGUACCGCCCCCCCCAAAGCU